UGUAAAGUCACCGGACGGACGGAGGGAUCCGGUACCAGGAAGCGGUCUACGGGAUAGAUGUACGUCGGACCCACUGGAGGCGCCGUGUGCUUUCCCAGUGGCGCUGGCCGGCGGGGAGAUGGAGCUGUCAGCCAUCGGAGAGCAAGUGUUCGCCGUGGAGUCGAUCAUCAAGAAGCGGGUUAGGAAGGGCAACGUGGAGUACCUCCUGAAAUGGAAAGGAUGGCCUCCGAAGUACAGCACGUGGGAGCCGGAGGAGCACAUUCUGGACCAGCGCUUGGUGCAGGCCUAUGAGGAGAAAGAGCAGAGAGACAGAGUGCUGGGACACCGGAGGAGAGGGUCCAAAGCCAAACGCAUCGUCCUGCAGAAUACCUUCUACACCAUGGAUCUGCGGAGCGCCCACAAGACCCCGGAGACGCCUCCUCCUCGCCUGCGUCUGUCGCUGACGCGCUCGCUGGACUCCGAGGUGGCGGCGGAGCAGUCGUACGCGGAGACGCCGACGCCGCCGCAUCGCAAAAACAAAACCAGGAGGUCGCAGUUCAGGUGCCUCGGCUCCAACCCACCGACCCCAACGCAGGACGAGUGGGAGGGUCCGGAGCAGGACGUGGAUGAGGAGGAGGAGGAGGAGGAGAUGAGCAGGGAAGAAGAAGAAGACGACGAAGGAGAGGAGGAGGAGCAAGAGGAGAAGGACGAGGGGGCGAGCCAGACAGAAAGGCGGACGGAGAUGGGCGGAGGCAUUCUGAACGGACACAAGAAAGAGGAGGACUGGAGCUCGACUCUGGGGUCCGAGGAGGACGCGGCGUCCGAGGGGCUGGACAUUUGGAGGCCGGUGAUGGGCCCCGGCGAGGUGACCGUCACCGACGUCACCAUCAACUCGCUCACGGUGACGUUCCGCGAGGCGCUGGCGGCCCAGGGCUUCUUCAGGAGCUGGGGCCUGGAGGUGUGAAACCCCAACGGGGAGGGGGAGGAGCGAGCUGGUGGUGCUGGUGGCGGCGGCGCUGAUGGGGCAACAAACAAAAAAAAAGAAGAAGAAGAAGAAGAGUAUGUCUGUCCGUUAUGGAGUCGAUGUAGAUGUUGUCAUUCUCUAUACUGCGACCUUUCCUUUCAACCCGUCCCGCCGGUCCCCGCCGGUCCCCGCCGGUCCUCUGUGGCUCCCGUCUCUCGCCCGCAUCCACCGUACUGUGUAGUGCUGAACAGGGGUGUGUACUGUACAUAGUCUAUCAGCUACAGCGGAGUGGGCGUAUGCUAACACACGAUGCUAACACCCGUACCCUGUGAAGACGUGGACUGUUAUUACUGUACAACACGUGGUCUAGUCUCGUGCGCGUCCCGGACUCCCCUGAGAGAAGACCCGCUCCGCCCGCAUGCCUUCCCGCCCGAGUACCACGCCACCGCCUCGUAUGCGUCACCCUUAGAGGCUCACACUGUCCAGCGUCCGCGGACGGACGGCGUGCGGCGUCCGCCGGCCCACAGCGGUGAAAUCUGAGGCCCGUCCCGCGUAAAAGAAAUCUCGAGACCCGAGACUGGCGAGCAGACUGUGGAGGACGGCGCCGUGUUGGUGUCGCGUGGGGAGCCUCCGCCGCUGUGGCCCGUGGUGCUCCGACGGAAAGGGGGGAGCCUCGGGCACGCGAGUGCUGGAACCGGAAAAGCAGACGA